GGCGUAGUGGUGAGAAACGUUUUUGGACCUUUUAGGGCUGCUGGAUCCGUCAAACCUUGGCACUGCAGUUGCAGCAUCUGUCAUCACUGCUUGGAAAAACCAACUGGUGCAAUCAAGGCACUGCAUAGAAGAGCAUGGAGAAAUUCAGAAGUAUUUUUAUUUUGUGCCUUGGCUUCCUUCUAGUCCAUGUAAGAGGUCAAGAUGAUUUUGAUUUAGCUGAUGCCCUUGAUCACCCUGAUGACAUAAUUACCAGGAAACCUACAGUGAUCAGAAGACCAACAAGACCUGUGUUCAACAAUGAUCUACAUUUAGGAGAUGCUCUUGGUGGGGGUGACAUCUCGAGAAAACCUUUAUACCCACCUCUUCCACCACGCCCAGGAAGUUACGGUAAUUCUGGAGGUUUUGAUGACUCAGAUCUCCUUGAUGGAAAGCCUUUACCACCAGGAGAAGAGCAGCAUAAUUUCAAUCAUGGAGGGAACACAGAUUCGGGUUUAAUAGCUGGAGUUACAUCUCCUGUAAUUUCUGCUUUUGUGAUACUGGUUGUUGGAUCAAUAGCAGCCUACACCGCUUACAAGAAUAAGAAGCUUUGUUUCAAACCACGUGGUGGGGCUGCAGUGUAAAACACUGAAAGAAGAGUUGCUGUCUGAUCACAGGCUCCUUUGGUUAGUGACAUUCUACACUGCCAUUCUGACAGAAGAAAAUCUUCCUCUAACGAAUGUUUUCCUGAGACAUUGCAAUCCUGCUCUCUCUAACCUGAUGUCACUUUUGCACCUCGAACUUUAUGUCAUCAAAAAUAUUCUUAAGACAUCCAGGGAUUGUAUUGCACUCUCUGACCUGCAUUCAUAAAGGAUACAGAUUUUGACUCAGAAGUUAUCAUAAACAACAAAGAAAUCAUGUUUGAUAUAAGCUAAAAGUUGAAGGAUUCAUGUUUAUGGAGAUUUGAGUCACCAAAUAAUUUUUUUUCUGUUUUCAAAAUUAGCCAAAAAAUCAGUCCUUCUGAUAAAAUAGGAAUAAGGUAUAUGCCAUUUCCUUUCACACCUGUUGGGUUUCUCCAGUAUAUUCCUGUAAUGUUUACUGUGUUUAAAGAAAAUUUGUAGUUGUCUAAUGGAUUAAAAAUUUGAAUCCCUUUACUUUGUGCUUGUGUCUGAAUUUUAGCAAAGUGAAAGGAACUAUAUCUAGAAAAUUCAUUCUUGAUUUUAUAAUACACUGAAAAGAUUAUGUAUAUUGACAAACCACUGUUUAAACAGAGAGGAACACAUUCUAAUUUUAUUUAUUUAUUUAUUUUAUUGAUUGAUUACUAAACUGGUAUUUAGCUCUUCUCAGGAACCAGAAUUUUACGUGAGUCUCAUUUCUGUUCUUGAAAACUUAGGCCUGACUUUAGGAACCUUUAAAGGCAUUAAUCUAGAAAGACGGGUUUUCUAAAAAAACCAUAUUAUUCAUAACUUCUGAAAAGGGAAAAUGGGUACAAAGAUUUUUCUGAUUCAUUUAGAAUGAGUUUGUCAUGCUUUAAUCUCUAAAAUCUAAGUCACAAAGACUUUUCAGCUUCACACUAUGUGGAGGUACGACUGACAUAGUUUUUCUAGCUAGACAGUUUCACUUCUUUCCCUCAUUCCUGACGGACCUUGCAGUGCUAACAAUGUCCUCAUGUAGACAAACCUGUAAUGAAAAUUUCCUAUCUCGUCCUUCAUUUAGCUAACUGGAUCAAAAAAACAGCAAGUGAACGAAAUACAGAUGAAAGUUGGCAAAACUAGCAAUUUACUGACAUAAUUCUGCAAUAGAGGCAUUUUAACUAACUUUUUAAAGCAUAAGGAAAUUGGUAUGGAUUUAUCUUCAUUUUAUACACAAAGCAUGGUUUUUGUUACUGCAAUUCCACUUACCUGGAGAUGAAUAUGAUUUUGUGUUUAUUACAUCAUUGAGAGGAAGACAUAUUUAAAUAGUAAUUUUUCAUAUAAUAAAAUAUUAUUUAUCUGAAUAAUAUUUUAAAUUUAUAUAUAUGAGUUGCUUGCUUAGACUAGCAUUUCUUUUUUUUGAUCCUGAAAGAAAUGAUAAUGUACAUCAGUUUAAACAUAGAAACAUCUCAACAACACACAAACAAAUGAACACCUUUGUGGCUAUCACUUUCAACUUGUAAAUGAGAAAUUUUUAAUAUGGUUUUCAAGGACAUUUAAUAUUUCUUUUAAAAUAUUAAUUUUCCAUGUUAACAGUUAAAACAGAUUGAUGUAUAUUUUGUCAGACAGACAUAAAGAUUUGAUUAAUGAAAUGACAAGUGUUUUGGUGUUACAACUUCAGUUGUU